UACUGCAUCUUCGGUUAUGUUGCUUGGAUUUAAAUUGCAUUACUAGACUUUUUUCUCUUCAUGUCUUAAAGAAAAAUGCUGUGAAUUGCUAGUACUAUAACAUUGUUUUGUAUCUUCUCCAUUCCUAUUUUCCCAUACAGACAGAAGGAGGUAGAGGGAGAAAAAGGAGAAAGAGAACUCCUCAAUUCAAUGGCGAGAAGCCUCAUUUCUCAUGUCCGCAUCCUCUUCUCAGAAACCCAGUUAAGAACUUUCAGUAGCCAAGUGGAGGAACUAAGGAAUCGGAUUAUAGAAGGAAAGCCUAGGAUCAUGACUCCAAACUCGAAACGGACAGGAGCAAUAGCCGUAAAAUGUGGAAUGACAGCACUCUGGGACAAAUGGGGGGAACGCCUCCCCAUCACCAUCCUUUGGUUAGAUGAUAACAUUGUUUCCCAGGUCAAAACACCGGAGAAAGAAGGCUUCUCCGCCCUACAGAUUGGGUGUGCUCACAAAAAGGAGAAGCAUUUGACAAAACCUGAAGUAGGUCAUUUUAGAGCACAAGGUGUACCCAUGAAGAGAAAGUUGAAGGAAUUUCCAGUUACCGAAGAUGCUCUUCUUCCUGGUGGAACAAGCAUCAGUGUCCGCCAUUUCGUUCCUGGCCAGUAUGUGGAUGUUACUGGAAUUACAAGAGGAAAAGGUUUUCAGGGUGGGAUGAAAAGAUGGGGGUUUAAAGGUAUGCCUGCAUCACAUGGUGCUUCAUUAUCCCACAGAAGUAUUGGUUCGACAGGUCAAAGAGAUGCUCCAGGAAAGGUAUUUAAAGGGAGAAAGAUGCCUGGGCGCAUGGGUGGAGUGCAACGAACUGUUAAAAAUGUUUGGGUCUACAAGAUUGAUCCUGCCAGAAACUUGAUGUGGGUCAAAGGCCAGGUUCCAGGAGCUGAAGGUAACUUUGUGUUCAUCAAAGAUUCUGUGUACAAGAAGCCAGAUAUUUCAACGCUUCCAUUUCCCACGUACUUUGCCCCAGAAGAUGAAGACCAAGCUGAUUUGGAACCACUAGUGGCGGAUCUUGGUGGUACAGACCCGUUUAUGGCUGCUGAUUAGUUGCGGGCAACCUAGCUGCGGACCAAGGCAUUUUCAUUGUCCGUUCUUUUACUUUUUUUUAUUUUCUUUAACAAGAAGCAGUGAAGUGGUUUUGCAUGGGGCAGGGCUUUAUUGAGAACGAACUUAUUUGUAGUAGUAUUUUCACAGUUUCUCUGGCUGAUGGCAUUCAACUCAAGUAGUAAUUUUUUGAGUUGUACUACAAAAUUUAGCUACUUCUUGUUGAAUAGGGCGAAAUGUUGUUAUAGCAUGAUUCAACACUUCAUCCAGGGAAGUUGUACAGGCACAAUCUGAUUAUGUUGUUGCUGGAUGACUAGAGCUAAUAAAAGAAAUGUGAAUGGAGAGCUAUAAACGACAAUAGUUUGUCAUUUUACUUGUA